UGUCAAAUGUCAGUGCCCAACAAUGACAUUUUUUAAUGGUAAAUAAUAAAACCCGCAAAUAUACUAAUACAAUAGUGGUACAAUUACAUUAUAUAAAAUGGGGUGCUGUUAUAGUUUAUUUUGCAAAGAUGAUGGAUCAUCCCAGAUUGGAGAACCAAAUGAGAGAACUCAUCUUUUAAUAGAUCCAGUGUCAAAUAGCACAAAUAUCCAAAGGGUAAAUAGUGAGGAUGUAUUGUGUCAUAACUCCAAGUCUGCCCCAAAAAAGACUGAUGAACAAUCUGCACUUAAUAGGAUAUUACAAGAAACUGCAACGAAUGUCAUAGAUGUAGCUGCUCUAGAUUCACACAACUUGCAACAGCACGAGUACGUGGAGAGAAUGAAACAGUACAAUGUUAGAGUGCAACAAGUUUGUGCGAGUAAAAAGAAUAAAUUGACACAUAGAUUCAAGAAUUGUCUUCUUGAAGACAUACCUUGGACGGACAAAAUCUUGCAGUCUGAUUCAAUUAAUGCAGAUGACAGAAAUUUGAUAACUGGUGCACUGGAGAAAGCUUCUCUCGCUAUAAAUGAUAUUAAAGUUGAACAUAAGGAAGAUUUAGUUGUGCCUUUCCGCAUCCCCUGUUGAGACUUUCUGUUGAUCAAAUUUAUACAUCCAAAUAUUUGUUUUCUAAGCUGUAAGGAAUCUUUGACAAACUUGGCUUAAGUCAUUUAGUGUUACGUGUAAAGAAUGUAUUUUUGUAAUAAGACAUAUCACUGCUUUAAUUUUAGUAACUUCAGUUUAUGAUUUACUGCUAGUUGUUAACCUGCAGCGUAUAAAAUAGUUGGUUUCGCCAUAGCAGUUUUAGGUUGAAAAAGUAAUUUCUUGAUUUACGUUUGAUGAGUAAACAAAGGUUUCUUAUAUAACAUCUUGAAGACGUUUUGAAAAAAUCAAACAUAAAUAUUAUAUUUGUAAUAUAUUAUUUAGUAUUACAAUAAAGUUGAUUAUAAAUACA